CACGUGACGUGGAGAUGACCAAUCAGGUGCACCUCCAGGUUUAACUACGUUAAAUGUCAGAUUGCAAUAAACUAGAAGCUGUUGGUCUGGCCCGCGGAAAUGGGCGAGCAUAAUCUUCUUAAUCCUGGGUUUGUGGGACCUUUGGUAAACAUCCACACUGGAGAUAGGUUUUACUUCCCGAAUUUUAGAGCCUCAGGGGGACAGCUGGCGGGGCUACCGUCUCUCUCGUACCCUAGAAGGGACAAUGUUUGCUCUCUCCCGUGGAAUCCAUCGGAGUCGUGCAAUGGAUAUCCUCAGUCUUACUUUAGCAGUCCCGUAUCCAUUAACCCCUCUUUUAAUCGAUCUUGUGAAAUAACCCGACUGGAGGAAAGCAAGUGUUAUUAUGGCAAUUCCAGCAGCACCAGAGAGCCGUGUUCAGACAGCAACAACCUCAAACGAGAGGAGCGAGCAAGAGAUACAUCAGUAUCGUCUGAUCACGGGAUGCACAAUGGGAUGGGCAACAGUGGCACCUUCUCCAAGUAUGAUUAUGGCACCGAGCAUCUGACCCAAGACCCGCCAUCCUGUCAGUCUUUGGAGUCCGACUCCAGUUCUUCAAUGCUAAACGAAGGAGGAAAGGCUUCAGCAGGCGACCCACAAACCCUGCUAUCGCAAGGAAACCACGCAAGCAAUAUCGCCAGUGGAGGAGGUGCCCCGUGGUACCCGAUGCACACCCGGACCCGCAAGAAGCGAAAGCCCUAUUCCAAACUGCAGCUGGCCGAGCUUGAGGGAGAGUUCAUGCUGAACGAGUUCAUCACCCGGCAGCGACGUAGGGAGCUGUCUGACAGGCUCAGUCUCAGCGACCAACAGGUUAAGAUUUGGUUCCAAAAUCGGCGGAUGAAGAAAAAGAGACUGUUGCUAAGGGAGCAGGCUUUGUCCUUCUUUUAAGGAGGCACAAAAUAUACAUUGCUUAAUGGUAAUCAAACAACAGUAUUUAGUUAAUGGUAAUCUACCAUUGGCCCAUUUUCCUCUGAAAGUCUUGCCCUACGACGCAUUCAGGAAUCACGAAUAAGAAUUCAAACAUAAUAGGGGUACGCGACCAAAUGAUAGCUCCAGAAGUCUGCUGAUACUAUGUGGUCUGGUGUUUAUUUAAGAAGGUUCGUGUCCAGCAGUUUUGGGCAUGUACACGCUGAGAAUGUUUUAGUUUAAGUUUUGAAAGUAACAAGCUGUCUAAGCCAUUACUCACUUUAUUAAGUAAUGAACUGCUAGUUAGAAACUCAGACAAAUAUAAGCUGUGAGAUGGCAUUUCGGACAAGGAAAAUGUUCUCUUAUCGGUCUGAAAUGAUCAAUAAAUAUUUAUUGUCGGAGUGUUAAAACCCAUUUUUGAAAUUAUAACACUCGUGCCAUAAUCAGUGUUCUAAGCUAGAAAAAAAUAAAAUAAAAUAGACUGAAGCGCCAAACUUGGUAAUAUUGAGAAUCCUUAACUGUUCGUAAUCUCACAUCUAUGUUUUUAUUUUGCCAGUUAUAAGAAAGGGCCGUUCAAACUCAAUAUUCGGCAAUAAGAAGCUUGGGCAGCGUUAAGUCAUCAAAGUUAUCUCAGUUCCGCAGUCAUCGCCACGUGUUCUAUGGCACGUUCACGGUCACGGGCACAAAGUUAGUGACCCAACUCAUAUCUUGGGCCCUUGAGAACCAAACUGCAAUUAUAGAACAGCUUUUAUGAAUAGACUUUGAUCUAGCCUGUGAAAUGUCAUUCUGACAAAUGUUAGGAAAUUACUUGUGCAACUAGAUUUUGGCCAAAGUGUAAAUUGGUAGGCCUGCAGCUAAG